AGUGUUGGUUAUUGCUUCAUCAUGUAUCAGUUGGCUAUUCUGUUGCGAAUGGCAGUCGAUUUACCACUGCGCUUUUAUCAAGUUUAGUGACGUCUAUUUGUGGAAGGUUCGUUUUAACUUGGAUUUAAUGAUCCGUCGCUUAUAAAAAUUUGAACGGUAAUACAAUUGUCUUGAGGAUGGCUGACAGCGAGCAGAAAGCAAUGCAGUUAGUAGCUGAAGCUGAAAAAAAGUUAUCAUCCAAAGGUUUUUUCGGUUCUUUAUUUGGGGGAUCUUCCAGAGUAGAAGAAGCGGUAGAAUGUUAUCAGCGUGCAGCAAAUAUGUUCAAAAUGGCAAAGAAGUGGAGCGCUGCAGGAAGUGCAUUUUAUGAAGCUGCAGACUUGCAUGCUAAAGCUGGCAGUCGUCAUGAUGCUGCUAAUUGUUACGUUGAUGCUUCUAACUGCUUUAAGAAAUCUGAUGUCAAUGAGGCUAUAAGUUGUUUGCUAAAAGCUAUUGAGAUUUAUACUGAUAUGGGUCGAUUUACAAUGGCAGCAAAGCAUCAUCAAAGUAUAGCAGAAAUGUAUGAAAGCGAAGCCGUAGAUUUAGAACGUGCUGUUAAUCAUUAUGAACAAGCAGCAGAUUAUUUUCGUGGCGAGGAAAGUAAUUCAUCUGCAAAUAAAUGUUUAUUGAAAGUUGCACAAUAUGCUGCUCAAUUAGAAAAUUAUGAGAAGGCAAUUCAAAUAUAUGAACAGGUUGCUUCUGCAUCAUUAGAAAGUUCAUUACUGAAGUAUAGCGCAAAGGAAUACUUUUUUCGUGCCGCGUUAUGCCAUUUAUGCGUUGAUGUAUUAAAUGCACAACACGCAAUUGAACGUUAUCAUGAGCAAUAUCCAGCAUUCCAAGAUUCUAGGGAAUAUAAAUUAAUUAAGACACUGAUAGAACAUCUCGAAGAACAACAUCUAGAUGGCUUCACAGAAGCAGUUAAAGAAUAUGAUUCAAUUUCAAGAUUGGAUCAGUGGUAUACUACAAUAUUAUUACGCAUAAAAAAGCAAGUCAAUGAUAACCCUGAUUUACGCUGAUCUGCUAUUGUUCAUCUACAUUAUAUUAUGUCAAUGAUAUUAAUGCUCCAAAUCUACAUGUAUUCUUUCCUAAACUAUACCCUGCUUUCAGUGGUAUUCAUCAAGUAGAUUCGUUUUUAUACCCGAAUAUCAUAUUAUUCCCUUGCAAUUCUAGCUAACAUAAUAAGUUUACUGUAUAACCCAAUACUUAAAAAGCAUCAUUAUAGAAACACGGAAAGUUAGAAUGCUUCAAAUUCUAUAUCGAUAUCUUUACAGGCUAUUUUCCAUAUUCAUAUAUAAUACAUGCAGUUAUAGCAUUGCCUUAUAUGUAGGCAUAGUAUAAUGUUAUAAAUAUUGAGAAAAAGAAUAAGAGUUCGGUAAGAUAUAGCUUCUAAAAAAAAAAAAAAAAAAGAAAAAGAAAAAGAAAAAAAAAAGAUUCACACACUUGUGCUAAUAUAGUUAAUAUAGUUGGCACUUGUUUCCAGCAUGAAAAACUUUUUGUCUGAAUAGUACAAACCCAGAUAUUCCAGUUUUUUUUUUUGUAAAUCGAUUAUCAAAUAAUAAUUUCAGUACUAAAAA